CCUCUCUAGUUCUUUAACUCACUUCAACACUUCUCUGUUCUUCUAAACUCUUCAGAACACGAAAAUGGGUUGCUGUCUUAGCAAGAAACCUUCUCCUUCCUCUAAUGGCACCACCACCACUUGUACUGUUAAACACUUAGAUCCCAUCAAACCCGAGAUUGAACCAAUUCAAGAAACAAAACCAAAACUUGAGAAACCGAAUCAAGAACAAGAACAAGAACAAGAACAAGAACAAGAAGAAGCUUUGGUGGUAAUAAAACAGAGGAGAAGCAAUGAAGAAAGAUCCAAGAAGACAGAUUCAGACAAAGACUCUUUAGUUUCUUCUUCUUCUCCGGUGACUGAGAAACCAAACUCUACACCACUCGUGAGGAUCUCAAGCUGUACUAAAGAAGAAGUUGAUGCUAUAUUAAUACAAUGUGGGAAACUUAGUCGAAACAACUCUGCUGCUAAAACAAGAAGAUACUCUGGUUCAAAGAGAAGCUUCGAUUUUGACGGCGAAGCUACGGAGGAGGUGGACGGUGAGAUUCAGAUUCACGGGAAUCGUCACCGUGGUGUUGAGAGAGUUAAUGGUUCGCCACGGGAACGGAGAAGACGAACUCCGAGUAGAGAAAGAGAUGAUUCGAAAAGUUACCGAUCCGGAAGCAGAGAAAGAGGAAGCAACGGCGGCGGCGGCGGUGGUGGUGGUAGUAGGAGAGUGAGUAGAUCUCCGGCGAAAAGAUCGGAGUUUCCCAGUGGCAGUUUUGUGAAUUCGAGUAGACCGGGAAAGUUUGUUACGAUUCCGGCUACGGAUAAGAGCAACAAUGUGGUGGUUGAGCCGUUAGUUAAACGGAUUACGGUUAAGAGAAACAUCGGAGACGCUUGUCGAAUGGCAGCGUCUCCGAGAUCAAAAUCUCCGGCUAAAGCGGGGAAUAACGUUCCUUCGCUAAGCCGGAGCAAUUCAAGAAAGGCGGAACAAUCGCCUUUUCGAAGGAAUCCAUUAGGAGAUCUUGAUCAAAACUCAUCAAAAGUUCUUGGUUCUUGCAACAACAACAUUACCAAGAAGAUGACUGAUUCUGUUAAAACUAAUCAAGAAGGUCAUGGAUCUUGCAAUACCACCAAGAAGAUGAUCGAAACAGCGAAAAACAAUCCAAGAACGAGUAGAGCUGCAAGCCCGAUAAGUCGGGCUACCGCGGUUGUGGAAGUAGUAGUGAAACAACCUACUCAAGUUGUGUUAAAUAGAAGCAGAUCAUUGAGGAAAUCGCGAGAUUUCGAUAUGGUAUCGAACGAGGAUAACAAUUACACAGCAUUGUUGUUGAAAGAUAUACAGAAUUUUCAUGGGAAGAGUGUUGAGGUUGAGGAUAGCGCGGUUUCGUUACCUUUAUGUGUUACUAAAGCUUGUUCAAUUGUUGAUGCAGUUGCUGAUCUUAACUCUAUGAGUAGUAACACUUGUUUGAGCUCUGAUUCGAGCCGGUUUAGAUUCACAUCGACUGCGAAAAAGGCGGAUUUGAUUGAACCGAGUUUUGAGAAGUAUGUGACUUUGAAGAGAGGUGGUGGUGGUUCGUUGGAGGAAUCAUCAGGGAGUAACAAUGUUACAUGAUUAGAGUUUCUACUUAGGCAAUGACACUAACUCGUGUUGUUGAGGUUUAAUAAAUAUGACAUUGUUGUUUGUUUGGUUUGUUUUUGUAUUCACUUUGCUCAUUUUGAAUGAAAUGUUUCUCUUCAAUGUUAUGA